UUGUGACUGCCAGAAACACCAGCACAUAAUUGUAAUUUUGGUGUGCUGAAAGAAAAAAUUAAAUAGAAUGAACCGUGUGAAAACAAAACUUACAAAAACCGGCGAAAUUGUCGCGUACAGUGAGAGCGCCAUUCGUAACAACAUAUCUGCGGUCGAGUAUUGUCGCACCUCAAUGGCCGCAAUCUCGGGCUGCGCUGCUGGUAUAUUGGGACUGAGUGGAACACUUGGCUUCUUAUUUUACUUUUUGUCCGUUUUCGUGCUGUGGAUUCUGGUAUUGAUGAAGUCGGGCACCCAAUGGCGCAAGUAUUUCAUUAACCGGAAAAACCUAUUGACGAAUCAAUUCAUGGGCGGCCUUUGCACCUACGUGCUCUUUUGGACAUUCUUGUAUGGCAUGGUUCAUGUUUACUAACAAACAGUGCAUUUCAUCCAUGCAAAUAGACAAAUAAACAUAGCUUAAGGUUC